UGAUCAGUUGUGUCCAAUCACAGCUGAUCACAUAGCACUGAUGAUCAGUGUGCCUUGAUGAUCUGUGUAGCCCCAGCAUUGCCACCUGUCAGUGUCCAUCAGUGCCAGCUGUCAGUGCUCAUCCAUGCCACCUGCAAGUGCCCAUCAGUGCCACGUUUCAGUGCCUACUAGUGCACAUCAAUGCCACAUAUCAGUGCCCAUCUGAGCUGCCUUUCAGUGUCACCCAUCAGUGCCAGUCAGUGCCACCUAUCAAUGCCAGUCAGUGCCACCUAUCAGUGCCACCUAUCAGUGCUGCCAAUCAGUGCCACCUAUCAGUGCCAGUCAGUG